CAGACGGCCAUAUUUGAUUUGAUUCCCCUCUCCUGCCACUUGUUUAGUUCUUGACGGAUAAAAGCGCCUGCACCGGUCCAGAUCCAGCCAGCAGCGUCCACAGAKCACACCCAGGAGUCCGCCAUGAAUCCGGAAUAUGAUUACUUAUUCAAGCUGCUGCUGAUCGGAGACUCCGGCGUGGGGAAGUCCUGCCUCCUCCUUCGCUUCGCAGACGACACGUACACAGAGAGCUACAUCAGCACCAUCGGCGUGGACUUCAAGAUCAGAACCAUCGAGCUGGACGGGAAGACCAUCAAACUGCAGAUUUGGGACACGGCCGGUCAGGAGAGGUUCAGGACCAUCACAUCCAGUUACUACAGAGGAGCUCACGGCAUCAUAGUGGUUUAUGAUGUGACGGACCAGGAGUCCUUCAACAACGUGAAGCAGUGGCUGCAGGAGAUCGACCGCUACGCCAGCGAGAACGUCAACAAGCUGCUCGUAGGCAACAAGUGUGACCUGACCACCAAGAAGGUGGUGGACUACACCACGGCCAAGGAGUUUGCAGACAACCUGGGGAUCCCGUUCCUGGAGACGAGUGCUAAGAGUGCCACCAACGUGGAGCAGGCCUUCAUGACCAUGGCAGCAGAGAUCAAGAGGAGGAUGGGUCCGGGGGCCACGGCCGGCGCCUCGGAGAAGUCCAACGUUAAGAUCCAGAGCAAACCGGUCAACCCUUCACCUGGAGGCUGCUGCUGAGGGCUGAGACCAGCCUGAAGCCCCGCCCCCAGCCCCCCUCCCUGACCUCCUCAGUCCAGCCAGUCAGGCCUUCRUCUGGAGACUGCUGAGACCAGUCUCCCCCCACCUGAUCCCAGUCCACAACCCUGAACCCCGAGACCCGGAACCAGCCUCCUGAGGACAGAGAGGCUGGAGGAGACUCUAAGGGUCUCCCUCCAUCAGUCAGCAGCAGGACGUUUAAGYCCCGCCCCCUUCCUUGGUCACAUGACAGCGUUUUUAACAGAAGAGAAUCUGAUUGGUUCGUGCUGCUCCUCACACACAGAGUCCUGCAGAGCGGCACGGMUCAAACCAGCAGCGUGCACGCCACAACGUCUGUGACAUGGCUCCGCCCACUCAGGCCACGUGCCUUCAUGACAGGACAAACUGCUGCCCCCUCCCCCACAGCACACACCCACCCUGCACCGUGAUAACAUUCCUGUGAGCGUGCACGCUGCUGGUCUGCUUCCUGUGAGCGUGCACGCUGCUGGUCUGCUUCCUGUGAGCGUGCACGCUGCUGGUCUGCUUCCUGUCGGAGCAACGUCAGCAGGUCCAGCUCAGAGUUUAUAAACUGUAAAUAUUU